CAUUCACCAACGUUAUACUACGCUUAGAAAGAGAGAAACCCUAGCGAAGCCAUUGAAGAUCACUUCGCAGUGUGGUAGUGCUGAUCAGAACUUCAACGCAUCAUUCGUGACCUUCGCGAACGCAUUCCAGUCAUAGUCCAAGUGUCACUCUUCUUGAUAGUUUUCAUCGCACCAUCCAAUGUCGUUCUUCGCAUCUCACUCUUUACAGCCUCUCCAAAAUGCAUAGGAUCAAUGGGUAUGGACAACACCGUGUUCUUGAGAAGGUCAUCCCCAUUUACAUAGUCAUCUAUCCAGAAGAUCGGAGAAGGUGUGUGGCUGUGUGAUUUAUAAGAAUCUCUCGGCAUUCCCACGAGCCCCUACUCAGAUUGGAUAAUCAAUUUUGAUUACCGAUAUGGAAUUCCGAAAUUUUGACCCAAGACAUACUGGGGAGUUAUUGAAGCACAUGGAUAGGCAGAAUGAGGUCCUUAUGGAAGCAUACAGAUCGAUGUUCCAUGAAUUACGGAAACUUCAGGUUGAAGAAGAAAUGCUUAUGCGCAAGAUGCAUGAAGUUAUGUCAACUCAUGGUGUCACCACAAGGGUAGAUAAAAAAGAACCAGUUGCUCCUGAAGCGAUACUGGCAACAAGAGAAGAGCAGCGAAAUGGAAAGACAAUUUUGGAGUGGCUCAUCCAUUGGAAAGCUCAACCAGUCGAGGAGGCAACUUGGGAGGCAGCAGAGACGAUCAAAGAGAAGUUCCCUUCUUUCCGUCUCGAGGACAAGGCAGAAACUAGAGAGGACGGUAUUGAUGGUAACCCAUUACCUAUAGUUCUUGCACAACCUACAAGUGAGAAACCUCUUUUGGUCUACACUAGGAGGUCCAAUAGGCCUGAGACUAGCACAAGCUUCCGGGAAUCACUAUUUGGGGAAGCGAGGAGUUAGUUAUAGAAAGGGAAAAGAAGAUAGAAUUUUAUAUACAGGGAGGGAGAAAACGUGGAGCUUGGCCCUUAUUUUUUUGUAAUUCCUUCGACUUCUGUUUAUAGUAAUACACUUCCACUUCAGAUAGGAAUGGUUCCUAUCAUUGGCCUUAGAUGGAAGGAAGUAGAGAUACUGUAACAAGUUAUCUACAAAGGAACAGAUAGCUCUGUUUUGAAUUCUAAGAUGAGACUCAGGAGUUCUCUCAAUGUUAGGGAAGCCCUCUAUGUCAGUUUCCUUUCGUGUUGUUUUUGAAUUCCUAAGCAAAGAUUUUGUUCUCUUGUAGUUUGGGAUUUCAAUUAAUUGAAUGCAAUUUCGAUUUAA